AUGAAAGCCUCAAAAGCUUCGAGAAGAAUGGGAUUGAUCAUUAACAAAAAUAAGAAGAUUGAACCUCGCUCUGUUAAACAACUGGAUAAUUCAAGCGAGUUCUCAAUCGAUGAAACUGAGAAUUUAACUUCUACAUUGACCUCAAGUGGCUCUCCUCCGAUGACUUUCAAAGCAAGAUCACGACAAAACACCAUGACGGAAAUUAACGAUAUGCUACAACAACCUGAGCUUCAUGAUUCAGAAUUUAGGUCUGGUGCCUACUUUCGUCGAUUGUCAACUCUACAAGAGCUACCGCUGAACGAGGGCAUCCACUUCAAGAAUAGGAUGGAUCGCCUGGACGAGUGUACAAAGGCAAAUGACAAUAAUAAUGGAAAAUCCUCACUUGGAACUUGCAAUGUGCGAACGCAUGAUGUUCCUCUGUCUUCGGCAGCUGACGUUGAGGACACAUCUGUUGACUUAUCAAAUAUGUUGAAGGUAGCUAGGAAGGUUCUUUUUUCUUAUAGUGAGUUUCACUCAUCUAUAAAGCGUUUAACUGGAUUCUGUACGGACAGAAAAGUGGCUGCAAGAUCGAUUACUAAACUUCAUGAUUCCAAAAGUGAAAUCGACCUACUAGUGGGUACAAUGGAACUGGUUGAGGAGUUCAAGGGCAAUAGCGAGGAGCUUGUGUCUAGAGUUACCAGCUGUGUUGAGUCAUUUAGGCAGACUUUACACUUCUUAUUGGAUAACUUUGCAUUCUUUGUUUCUCGUAUCGACGUGUGCUUCAUAAGAAUGGUCUAUUUAACAAUCUUUGGCGCUUUUAAUGAAUUGAUGAACGCGCACAAGAUAUUGAAUCCAACCAUGAAACGUUCAACAACGCGUGGUAUAACUGCGGAUAUCAGAGCAAAGCUUCAAGCAACCCAAUUAUCUGAUGUCCAACUUGAUCUGCUGAAAGAAUCACUGGGAAGUUUGCAACAUCACUACUUGGAUAACAUUGCUUCUGUGGACGAGGUCGACGAUAAAUUAUAUGGAGCAAUUGACAUAGCUGUCGUGAAUGCACAAGUGGUUUUCAAUGAUCUCACGAAGACGAUCAAUAAAAGUGCAGUUGCAUCAACGAAUGAUGUUUCUCAGGUUAUGAGCUCAAAUGUUGCUUCCAAAUUCAAAGAUUUAACCAACACCUGUAUUUCCUUGAUGGAAAUAACUAAGCGAAUCUCCUCAAAAUUACCAGCGAUUAGGACUACUACUUCGCAUCAUUCUAAAAAAAUCUUCUGGGAUGACAUCAAUGCCUUUCUUAAGGCAAUAAUUCAAACAUUUUCAUCAGUAAAACUCAUUAUGAAGGAUGUUCCUAUCUUAUACGAAAUGCGACAGUCGAUGGCAAAUCUCACAAAAGCAACCAAAGAUCUAACAAUUUUGUUAGAAGCAUCUUCCUACAGUGCUUUUUCAGAGUCAACUAAUACCGGUGGCUUAUCAUGGAGUAGUUCCCAAACAAAUUUGAUUGCAGCUCCUCCGGUAAGGACUCCACUCGUUGCAACUGUCGGGGCGGCUGCUGCGCAAACUAUCAUGCCAAAUAACGAGAACUCUUCACUCACAGUAUUCGGUAUUGAUCACAGUGGUGCAGGCAAUGGGAAUACCAAUGACCAGGCUAACUACUUUGCAAUCUCUGAGUAG